AUGGAAGGAGGAGGAAGGUCUCUGUCGUUGUGGACAGGAAGGAGCUCUCACGACAUGUGGUGGGUUGCAGACUCAGGGUGGAAGGUGCAGGCUGACGAGAAGGUAUCGUGGGUACGUACCGCCGACCUUCCUUCCCUCCCUUCUCGAAAAGAAUUCAAGCUUAUUUCAACAGUCGCUGCACCAAGCUUUUUCGAAGUGGAGGCCAAUGUAAGUACGUACACAGAUAAACAGAGCAUCAAGGCCAAGGCUGAGCAAUGGGCAGACGCAGAAACGCAAGAAAAGGAACGAUUACGAUGCGCCGCCGAGGCUCAAUUCUCCACCAUAAUGGCAUUCCUCCUCAGCAGGGCCCAUUAUCCAUCACAUCCACUCAGCACACACAAGAUAAACGCCCUUUUCCAAGGCUGCCAAGACAAGACAAGCCCGCAGCCACCGCCGGCCCCACUAGAGAAGGUAUACUGCGUACCAAGUAUCGCUGCGCUGACCUUUCAGAGCGGUGGUCCGCGUGGGUGGAUUACUGUUGUAUUUCCUCGAGAAAUGGAAAGUAUCGAGGGUCCCACCACCCGCCCCAUCCUCUUCUCUGUGCACUCUCUUUGGCUCCCGACUGAGUACCGUCACAUCCGUCCAAAACGUUACUUUCUACCCGUGCCAGCAGUCAGCCAGCGGAACACGGAAGCAACGAAACGGAACCACGGGAAAAUAACCACUAAAUAUCCAUCCGCACCAGGUGGAGACUCGAUCGCCGAUAAAGUGUUGCCUCCAAUUCCGUUAUUCCGUGUCCCCAAUACCAAUACGACACGACCGCCGCCGCAACGGACAGCAUGUCGAAACGAGUCGUGUGUGUUCGUUGUUUAUUACAAAAAUGAGCAAGAAAAAAACGUGCCGCAUCUUCCACCUUUCCCGGGCCACACGAACAAGGAAUCCCGUUCCAGAAGAAGGAACAUCUAA